AUGGAGAUGGAGCCGGAGAAGGUCAGCGCGCGCCGGGGGCUGAGUGCGGACACGGCCUCCUACCGCUGUGCCGCCUGCCACGGGGACAAGGACCCGGCGCUGGGCCACCCCAUCCCCAUCCGGGGCCGCGCCAAGUCCCGCAGCCUGUCCGCCGCGCCCGCCCUGGCGAGCACCAAGGAGUUCAGGAGGACCCGCUCCCUGCACGGGCCGUGCCCCGUGACCACCUUCGGACCAAAGGCCUGUGUGCUGCAGAACCCCCAGACCAUCAUGCACAUCCAGGACCCCGCCAGGCAGCGGCUGACGUGGAACAAGUCUCCCAAGAGCGUCCUUGUCAUCAAGAAGGUCCGGGACGCCAGCCUGCUGCAGCCCUUCAAGGAACUUUGCGCGUACCUGAUGGAGGAGAACAACAUGAUCGUGUACGUGGAGAAGAAGGUUCUGGAAGACCCUGCCAUCAUGGGGGACGACAGCUUCGGGCCCGUGAAGAGGAAGUUCUGCACCUUCCGGGAAGACUACGACGACAUCUCCAACCAGAUCGACUUCAUCAUCUGCCUGGGCGGCGACGGCACGCUGCUCUACGCCUCCUCCCUCUUCCAGGGCAGCGUGCCCCCCGUCAUGGCGUUCCACCUGGGCUCACUGGGCUUCCUGACCCCCUUCAACUUCGAGAACUUUCAGACCCAAGUGACUCAGGUGAUACAGGGGAACGCAGCUAUUAUUCUCCGGAGCCGGCUGAAGGUCAAGGUCGUGAAGGAGCUCAGAGGGAAGAAGAUGGCCCUCCCUAACGGGGUCACUGAGAAUGGGGUGUUGGCCUCGGACUGGGACACGGAGGCCGGGAAGCAGGUCAUGCAGCACCAGGUCCUGAACGAAGUGGUGAUUGACCGAGGCCCCUCCUCCUACCUGUCCAACGUGGACGUCUACCUGGACGGGCACCUCAUCACCACGGUGCAGGGCGACGGCGUGAUCGUCUCCACCCCGACGGGCAGCACGGCAUACGCGGUGGCAGCCGGAGCCUCCAUGAUCCACCCCAACGUGCCGGCCAUCAUGAUCACGCCCAUCUGUCCCCACUCGCUGUCAUUCCGGCCCAUCGUGGUCCCCGCGGGAGUCGAGCUCAAGAUCAUGUUGUCCCCGGAAGCGAGGAACACCGUGUGGGUGUCCUUUGACGGACGUAAGAGGCAGGAGAUCCGCCAUGGAGACAGGUUCGCCUGA